AUGAAGCUCCAAUGGUCAACUCUCCGCCCACUGCGUGAUGUACGCAUUCGCGCAUUCUCCACCUCUCCACGCAACCAAUACACACCACUACGCGCCCUCGACACAACCCUCACAACCUUUCAACAACAAUGCUUCUACCCCGAACAACCCGCGAUCCUCCCCGCAGCAUUCACCGACCUCCCCGCAAUCCAGCAAUGGUUCCCACCAAACACCAGAACCCUUAAUACCACCUACCUACGCUCCCACGGAGGCGACGCCUUCGUCCCCCUCGAGCUAACCCAAUCAACACCCUCAGGACCGAGCUUCCGCUCCUUUCACGCGCCUCUAUCUCUAUUCCUCGACUGGAUCGACUCACCAACCCCAUCCUCAACCCUCUACCUAGCCCAAUGCCAGCUCCUCGAUCUCCCUCCGAUUCUACGCGCCGACUUCCCCACGCCUGCGCUCGUCGCGCAGGCCGGUCGAGGAGACGUCUAUGAUACGAAUGUGUGGAUUGGAUGUCCGCCUACGUAUACACCGCUUCACCGAGACCCGAAUCCGAAUUUGUUUGUGCAGCUUGCUGGGGAGAAGAUUGUGCGGUUGCUGGCGCCGGAUGAGGGUCAGGCUGUCUUUGCGGCUGUUCGGGCGCGGCUGGGGAAGAGUGGGGAUCGGGCGGCGGCGGCUUUUAGGGGGGAGGAGAUGAUGCAAGGGGGUGAGAGGGCUUUGUUGGAUGAGGUGGUUUGGGGGGAUGAUGAUCGGGGGUUUGAGGCUAGGCUUGGGGCUGGUGAUGGGUUGUUUAUUCCUAAGGGGUGGUGGCAUAGUAUUAAGGGUGUUGGAGAGGGAGUGACUGGAUCGCUUCCACCUCCCACCGCAGAAAGGAUGCAAGUAUCCCGCACAAUCUACCGCGCAGCCCUCCUAAACCUCACCAUCAACCCAUUUCUCACCCGCGCCUCAACCUCUCUAACCGCCAACCCACGCCUCCACAACCUCCUCUUCCCCCAGUGCAUCAAACUCGACCAAACCCGCACAAUGAGCGACUCCUCCAACCACCCAGACAACACCAAACCCCUCGCUCUCCCCGAAAGCGACGGCACAGCAGCACACCAAGCGCAAGGCGCAGGCGGGAUCAAGCUGGACAUGAGCGGCGGCAGCACAGAAGUCAAGCUCGACCAUUUGGGGCCGAUGGUUGUGAAUGUGGAUGGAACAUUGUCGCAAAUUGGCAAUUGGGCGCAGAUGACGGAUUCAGAGAAGGAGAGCACGAUGCGGAUUAUUGGGAAGAGGAAUCAGAAGAGGUUGGAUGCUUUGAAGGCGAAGGAGAGUGGGCAGUGA